GAUGCAAAAUGGCCACCUUGUUAGCUAUACGUGCUAACUGAACAAGGAAGGAAAAGCCUAAUUAUUGAACAUAUUUCCUACUCUCCUAUCUAAUAACGGUCAAUAUAUCCUGUGUUGUUCCGCUCCACUUCUUCUGUUCUCAUGGCGAUCCCGCUGGAUUUCAGGACCCAUGUCGACCAGUCAUGCAGGUAUUCAGAGGAAUUUGUCAACAUUUAUUACGACUGCAUGGAUAAGAAAAGGAGGAACCUGACCCGACUCUACCUGGAUAAGGCGACCUUGGUGUGGAACGGGAACGCGGUAUCGGGUCAAGACGCUCUCAACGAGUUCUUUGAGUCGUUGCCUUCGAGCGAGUUCCAAGUUCAAACACUGGAUUGUCAGCCAGUUCACGAGCAAGCGACCCAGGGUCAGACCACACUGCUUGUGGUGACUGGUGGGACGGUGAAGUUCGAAGGAAACAAACAGCGUUUCUUCAACCAGAACUUUCUUCUGACGGCUCAGGCGACAGCCAACAAUGACCAGCCUGUUUGGAAGAUUGCGAGCGACUGUUUCCGAUUUCAGGACUGGAAUAACUGAGGCUCUCUAUUAAAAGAAUCGUAUGAACACUCAA